AUGGCUGCUGGAAGAUUACUGCUCUACGCUGGACUGUCUUUAGCUUUGUGUGCCCUGGGCAUGCUGGCUGUGGCUAUAUGCUCUGACCACUGGUAUGAAACGGAUGCCAGGCGGCACCGGGAGAGGUGCAAAAGUUUAACGAAUAGAAGAAGUGACCCUGGAUUCAUUUAUAAUUCCAACAACAACCUUCCACUGAGGGCUAGCAGGUCAAAGCUAGACCGAUGGGAGGGCAAGUUACUUCUAACUAGAAAUAGGAGGCAGCUUUUUGCAAUGAGCGCUGCCGACGAGUGCAAUAGACAAUACAAUUCCACCAAUAUGGGCCUCUGGAGGAAAUGCCACCGGCUAGGGUUUGAUCAAGACAUAGAAGAUAUUAUUGCCAAAGGGGACAUUGAGCGAUGCUCAUUCAUCAAGUAUCACUAUUCCUCAGCCACAAUUCCCAAGAACCUCACUUAUAAUAUCACCAAGACCAUCCGGCAAGACGAGUGGCAUGCUCUACAUUUACGCAGGAUGACAGCCGGAUUUAUGGGAAUGGCGGUCGCCAUCAUUCUGUUUGGCUGGAUCAUAGGAGUGCUGGGCUGCUGCUGGGACAGGGGGCUCAUGCAGUAUGUUGCUGGUCUGCUCUUCCUAAUGGGAGGCACGUUCUGUAUAAUUUCACUGUGCACUUGCGUAGCGGGGAUCAACUUUGAGCUCUCUCGUUACCCUCGAUUCCUGUACGGGCUACCUGAUGACAUCAGCCAUGGUUAUGGAUGGUCCAUGUUCUGUGCCUGGGGGGGCUUGGGCCUAACGUUAAUUUCAGGCUUCUUCUGCACCUUAGCACCUUCAGUACAGCCCGUCCUGAGGACCAACUGCCCCAAAACACGUCCCGAGAAUGGAACAGUGUGCUAA